AUGUCUCAGUCUUAUUCAAUAAAGUACAUGUUGCCCCCAUGUCGCAAGCGAAAUGGUCUUCAAAGGGUUCCACAUCGUCCGAUAAGAAAAUUGAAUAAGCGAUCAUCAAAUAACUCUUGUCACUUUUCAGAAAGAUCUUCGGGGCACUGCCAGUCUUAUAUUGAAACAUCUUUUAAACCUUGCCUUUCAAAAAGAAAUCAAUCUUGCAAUUAUUCCUCUAAAACACUUUCUAAUGCAUCAUGUCUACUCAAAAUUUUCAGUAUGAAUAAAGAAUAUCUGACUUAA